CCUGUUUGAAUGUAAACAUCAUCUUAAAUACAUAAACACACCUCGAGGACACAGAUCAUUAAACUUACUUUAAACAGGUUCAACAGUAGAGGAACAUUUAGGGCCAAACCGGGUCCCUGGACAGUCCUGGUAAGUUCUGGAAUCAUGGAGGAGUCAGCGCUGGAGAAGUACUUUGAUACUUACAUCGCAGACUCUCUGCAGAACGCCUCAAACAUGAUGGAAGGAAAGGACAAGGAGCAGGACGAGGACCAGGACGAGGGCCGGGAUGAGGAGCAGGACGAGGACGAGGAGCGGGACAAGGAGCAGGACGAGGACCAGGAUGAGGACCGGGACGAGGAGCAGGACGAGGACGAGGACCGGGACGAGGAGCAGGAUGAGGACCAGGAUGAGGAGCUGUUCUUCAAACUGCUGCCUGACGAGCUGCUCACAGAGGACGAGUCCAGCCAGGGUAAGAAAGAAACCAGUCCGGACUCUGAGUCCAAGUCUUCCUCGGCACACGUCAAGGUCUUGAAGCAUUCGUCCAAUCAGGAGAACUGUCGCCACUCCGUCCUGCAGAACGCUGACACACAGUUAAACCCAAAGAUUAUAAACGUGUGCUCCACAGUGAACCUGGGCUGCAGGCUGGACCUGCACCACAUCGCUACAAACACGUGGAACGUGAAGUACGACACGAAGAGGCUUGUGGGACUCUCCAUGAAGAUCCGAAACCCCAGGAGCACGGGGACUUUCAGCGCAUCGGGGAAGCUGGUCUGUUUGGGAGCUGACAGCGUGGAGAAGUCCAGGAUAGCAGCUAGAAAGUUUGCCCGUAUCGUGCAGAGGUUGGGAUACCCCGUCCGCCUUACGGACUUUAAGGUCCACAACCUGACAGCCAGCUGUAAAGUGUUCCCCAUCAACCUGGAGCUGAUGUCCUUCUUUCGUCACUGCAGUUAUGAACCCGAGCUGUUUCCCGCCCUCUUCUUCGACGGGAUCCCCGGCAUAUCUCUGGCCAUCUUCAGAUCUGGGGUCAUAUCUCUGAGCGGUUAGUCUGAGCUGGGUCUG